UGGGUGUUGGGGAUUCGUGUUGCAAAGAAAUCUUGAGUGGGAGUUGUCGAAGCGAUUUGUUGUGUGUUUUACCCCUGGAUUGUUUCUCAUUUCCAUCGCACCAGCCGCAGCCAUGCCCGGUAUAGAGACGCUGCCGAUAGAAGAGACUCUGGAGGAUAGUCCCCAGACCCGCUCUCUGCUGGCAGUGUUUGAGGAGGACACUGCAGCCAUGUCCAACUACUGCACACAGCUCUACCAGGCAAUGCAGAGGAUUUAUGAUGCACAGAAUGAGCUCAGUGCUGCAACACACCUGACCUCCAGACUGCUGAAAGAGUAUGACAAACAGCGUUUUCCUCUAGGGGGCGAUGAUGAGGUUAUGAGCUCCACCUUACAGCAGUUUGCAAAAGUCAUUGACGAGCUAAGUUCUUGUCAUGCUGUCCUGUCCACACAACUUGCAGAUGCAAUGAUGUUUCCCAUCACACAGUUCAAGGAAAGAGACCUGAAGGAGAUCCUCACUCUUAAAGAAGUCUUCCAGAUAUCCAGUGAUGAUCAUGACACAGCCAUUAAUCGAUACAGCCGCUUAUCCAAAAGGAGGGACAACGACAAGGUGCGGGCAGAGGUUGUGGAGGAUGUCUACACCUCCAGAAAGAAACAGCACCAGACCAUGAUGCACUACUUUUGCUCACUUAACACACUACAGUACAAGAAGAAAACUGCUCUUCUGGAGCCACUGCUGGGCUACAUGCAGGCCCAGAUUAGUUUCUUUAAGCUGGGAUCAGAGAAUCUCACCCAGCAGUGGGAGGACUUCCUGGGAACCAUAGGAACCAGUGUACAGAAUGUCCGUCGGGAGAUGGAAGAGGAGGUGCGGCAGAUGCAACAGACCAUUCAGCAGAUGGAGAUAUCUUGUGACCCGCUGUAUGCCCCAUGUGACCCUGACCCUGUCCACUCCCCUGUCUGUCGCAACCUGACCAGAAAACAGGGCUACCUAUUCAUCCGCAAUAAGACGGGUCUAGUGUCAUCGUCCUGGGAGCGGCAGUACUUCUUCACGCAGGGCGGUAACCUGAUGCAGCAGGGUCGGGGCGAGGUGGCGGGUGGUCUGGUCACAGACCUGGACAACUGCUCUGUCAUGGCAGUCGACAGUGACGACCGCCGCUUCUGCUUUCAAGUCACAUCCUUCGAUGGCAAGAAAGUGGUGACACUCCAAUCGGAGAGCAGGAAGGACUGUGAAGAGUGGAUUGCCACCAUAAACAACAUCUCCAAGAGGAUCUACCUGAGUGAGAACGCAGAGGAGUUGGCAGCUCGAGUGAACCAAUCAGCCAUCGAAGCUGUGACACCAUCGCCGUCCUUCCAGCAGAGACAUGAGAGCAUGAGACCGAGCAGUAAAGGCCGUGUGGGCCGAGCAAGCAGCAUUAGCUCUGUGGGGUCUGAGCCAUCGCCUGCUCUUUCUGUACUCUCUCUGGACGCACUGGUUGCCCCUGAAACACCCAUUCAAUUUGAUAUCAUUUCCCCCGUCAGUGAGGAAAACUCAGGACAAAGCAAGGCAGCGGCACAGUCUGGCAGAAGGAGUAAUCCAUUUGGAGAGUGUGGAGACAGCACAUCAGAAGACAGUGAAGAAUCGAUCCUCCACCAGCUCUUCAUCGUUCGCUUCCUGGGCUCCAUGGAAGUGAGGGCUGCCGACUCGGCUGAUGUCAUCUCCGAGACCAUGAGGCAAAUCCUGGCCGCCAGAGCCAUCCACAACAUCUUCAGGAUGACCGAGUCUCACCUGCUGGUCACCUGUGACUGCCUCAAGCUAAUUGAUCCUCAAACACAAGUCACUCGACUCAGGUUCCCUCUGUCCAGCAUAGUCCAGUGCUCGUCCCAUCAGGACAACAAGAGGCUGUUUGGCUUUGUUUUGCAGUCGGCAAGCGGCCGCGGCGACGGCCGAGCCAUCUGCUACAUUUUCGAGUCCAACAAUGAUGGAGAGAAGAUCUCUGACAGUAUUGGUCUGGCCAAACAAAUAGCCUUCCACUCUGAGAUGGACCGUAAGGCGGUGGAGAAGCAGAAGGAGCAGGACAAGGCCAAAGAGAAACAGCAGGAGGAACUCAGCAAACAGAAACAGAUAGAGAAGGAUCUGGAAGAGCAGAGCCGUUUGAUCGCAGCCUCAAGUCGUCCUGCCAACCCGCCUGCCUCUGACGGACAUGUCCUAGUGCUUAGCAACAGCCAGUCGGAAGACAGCGACGCUGGUGACGAGGUGAAGAAGAAAGGCGAGUCUGAAGCUUAGUGAUACACAGAGGCUAGUCCCACCUGGUACUGUGGAGGCAACAGCUCAGGAAUCAGAGGAGAGGAACAACAUCCGCCCACCUGGGCUGCCUACUAUGGAAAAACAUGUGCCCCGUUUGUGCGGUUGUGCUCUGAAAUCAGAAGUCAAGCUAAACGCACCCUCACUAUAAGAGGAGGAGUGGACAAGGAUAGGUUUCAUAAUGGACUUGUGUUAAAUUCUGUGUGUAAAUUUGCUGCUUUUUGUACCGGCUCUGCUCUUAAAUGCGAGAUGUUAUGUUGAACAAACAGGUGAAUGCAAAUGGUCCACGAGAGGACUUCAAAAUAUAGAUUAACUUGUACGUAUUUGUUUUAUAUGUUUAUUUUAUAUUAAAAAAAAAAGAGCUAAGAAUAAUGACAGAGGAUAUAAAUCUGAACAAUAUGUGAGAAAUGAUUAACAAGGUUCUGAGGGAGAAGCCUAAAAAAAGAAAACACAGCAGGAACAUUUGGACAGAGUCACUUUGGCCACUAGGAGCUCCCAAAGGGCAACGGCACUAACUCAGCUGUUUUCUCUCCAAACAUGAAAAACAGUCGUCUACAACACGAAGUGAAAGCGAGAGACCAGGGACUUGUUUUGAAGAGUCCUUCAUGUUGUGAUGUGUUCAUUGUCUGACCUUUUUUUUUUUGAACAUCCUAUGAUGUUAUAGUUACUCCAUUACUUUCAUCCAUUUCACUCCAAUAUGAAAACGUCUCAGAAAUCUUUUCCUGAGUCUUGAAACUUGCCGAUGCGAUGCAUUUUAUCAAAAGAAAUUUAAAGAAUUGAAUUUGGUUGUAAUUUUUAAGCAAAAAUACCAAAGAUCUCAUGGUUUUAACUCAUUAGCCUUGAAAGUAACUUGAGUUUCCUUCUAUGAUGUCUUGUAAUUUUUGGAGAAAACAAACCACUGUAAACGCAUCGACUUGCGCUGAAGGAAAUUAUUUUUUUAAGUUUUCAGAUGUCAGAUUGAGUUAUUUUAAAAUGUAGAAUUGGUCAUAAGAUCUUGUAGCCAUUUUUUUUUUUUUAAAACAAAAUGACAAAGAAAAUGAAAAACAGCAAAUAUGAAGUUUGAUGAUCUCAUGUGAACAUCUAGGUCAAAGCUGGGCUAACUGUUUGAAAAGAUGACAUUCCUGGACUUUUUUGCUUAUUUAUUCAUUCACCUUAAUAUCGGUUUCCUAAUUUUGCAGUUUUUAUUAACACUUCAAUAGAGAUACUGCAAUUUUCUCUAUUGAAAAAGAAAAGAGAGUAGAAAGUCCCAGCUUUUAGUUUCUCUGGUUCAUUUUAUUCAUUUAGUGAACGUGUUUGAUAAAAAUAGGGACCUUCUCUGCCGAAUAUUCAGCCAAGUGCAUUUCUCUGACUUCACAAUAUUUCUCUGUGCUUUCACACGCAAUUAUCUGGGUCAUUGUUUGAGGCCUUAAAUGCUUUUUUUUGUUCAUUAAUCAGUCUUUAUCCUGAGUAAGUUGGAGUGAUGUGAGCGACCUGAAGGAAAACAACUGAACACGCUUCAGUUUCAAGGUCUAAGAUGUUGCAUGUAUAACAGACAAACCUCCACAGUGAGCAGAGGGAGAGGUUAACAUGGCGAAGAGCCUAAAUCAACUGUUACUAGUGAAUUUAUUUUUUGUUUUCCUUUUGGGGAUGGGACAAUGUCUUGAUGCAACUGCAGGUGAAGGAGUCACGUUGAUGGAGCUGCACUUUAACAUCCAACAAAAUAAGACAGAAUUGCUAUUGUUGAACUGUAAAUAGAAUUCAAGUAAUUUGUCAAUGUUCCAGUGUCAUGAUUAAUAAAAGGCUUUUCAGAGAUAAAUAAAACACUAACCCCA